AUGAACAUUCAAAACUUUGCAACACCCAGUCAUCUCCAAAGUCAUAAAAGAACACAUACUGGAGAGAAACCUUAUGAAUGUAAUCAAUGUGGUAAAGCCUUUUCCUGUCACAGUAGUCUCAGAUAUCAUAAAAGAACCCAUACUGGAGAGAAACCUUAUGAAUGUAAUCAAUGUGGUAAAGCCUUUUCCUGUCACAGUAGUUUCAGAUAUCAUAAAAGAACCCAUACUGGAGAGAAUCCUUAUGAAUGUAAUCAAUGUGGUAAAGCCUUUUCCUGUCACAGUGGUCUCAGAUAUCAUAAAAGAACCCAUACUGGAGAGAAACCUUAUGAAUGUAAUCAAUGUAGUAAUGGACGGAAAUCUUGUGUGUAGGCUCUCCCAGCCUGAAGCAGGCUGAUCCAGACUUUGACCUUGCUGCCACUGAGAAUAAGACUUCCUGGGGUGGAGCCUUCC